AUGAGUCGCAGCACGCGACCAUCAUUCGACAGCGACUUUUCUCUCUCCGACGACGACGAGGAAUCGCAAUGCCGCCAAACCUGUCGUCCACGAAGUCGCAUUCAAACCGUGAAAUACCUCUCUUUCCUCACCCUCGUCGUAUCCCUCAUCUUCUACCUCACACACACGCCAUCCCCAGCACCCUCCCCACCAAUCCUCGCUUCAACCCCACUCCUCUCCUCAGACCCCUCCACCACUCUUCCUCAAGACAGUACCAAAUUCCCUUCCAAAAUCGGCAAAGCAACCGCCUCCUUCGGCCCCAAAGAUAGCACCUACGAAGCCGCAAUCUCAUCCCACCAUACCCACGACACGCAACACGGCUACCCGCACUUCAUCCUACGCGAACGCAUGCUCCCCGGCCUCUGGUCCAAACACGCCUUCCUCCUCACCCUCAUCGGCACCGAACUCUCCAAACCAGCCCAGGACCGGCUUCACUGGCUCUUCUGGCACGACCGCGAUACCAUUCUCAUGAACCCGCACAUUCCCCUUGAAAUAUUCUUACCGUCCCCGGGAAAAGAUUUGGGGCCCAAUAAGACGGGUAAAGAUGUCAAUUUAAUAGUUACGAAUGAUCGGCAUGGGCUGAAUAAUGGGGUUUUCUUUAUAAAGGUUGGCGAGUGGGCGGUACGGUUUUUGAGUGCGAGUUUGAGCCUGAGGGAGUGGGAUGAGGGAGUGAAGUUGAAGUAUUCAGAGCAGAGUGCUAUGGAGAUUGUGGGGGGACGGCCUCACUUCUCCCAAAAUAUCAUUCACGUCCCCCAACGCUGGUUCAAUGCAUACCCACCACCCCCUUCUCCCACCUCUGCACCCCCAUCUGCCGCUCCCUCCGCAGCACGCAAAGGAUCGCUUCUAAUCCAUUUCGCGUCGAACCGCGACGGCAAGCGACCCGAGCGCAUGGCUCAGUGGCAGCAGCUCGCGACAUCACGCAGUAACGAAUGGGCGAAGCCCCUAAACUCGACACAGUACGUUGGUGAAAUCGACGAGUUCUGGCGGAGAUUGGGCGAAGGCGAGGAUGAAGAAGGUGUGAUUGCGAAUAUAGGGGGUAGAAUAUGGGAUUGA